GGCGGCGAGACGGGGCGGGUGGGGGCGCCUGGCAGCGGGCGGCUCUCACUCGAGGGGCACCGGGCGCCGCCGCCUCUGCUCUCGGCAGUCCCCACCAUGAGCCACGCCGUGCCGCCUCCCGUUUUCCUGGCGGCCGGAGAAGUGGAGAAGCAUUUCCCCGCCGCCAGCCGCCUCCUCCCCGCCCUGGCCACGGCCCUGGCCAACUUCUCCAGCGGCGCCGAGGGAGGCGUCGUGCAGCCGGUGCGCACCGUGGUGCCGAUCCAGAAGUACAGCGGGUGAGGACUCGGGAUCGGGAUGGGGAUUUCCUGCUAGGUAUAUCCCCAGGUGAUGUGGGAGGUUUGGGGGGGGGGUCUGUUUGUAGGGAUGCCCCCCCCCCCGCCCGCCAUGACUUAUGCAAUAAAGAUAAUGGAUGGGGUUCAAGCAUAGGUGCUAACUCUUUGGGGCUCUGAGUGUCCCAGCACCCACAAAAUUCCCCACAAGGGGCCGGGCACCCACAUAUUUCGGUAUAGUGUGCCUGGCACCCACGACCCAGGGUAUCCCCGGUCGCGGGAGCUGGCACUCCUGGAUUCAAGUUACUGCUACUCUGAGUAGACCCAUUGGAUCUAAUGGACGCCACUUAUUCACGCUUAUUAACUGGUCCGCUCUGAGUACAAGUUAGUUGAAUGCAAUCCAACUAAGUCUUACAUAAGAGGAGAUCCGGUGGAAUUCGUCCCAAUAAUUUCAGCCGCGGGUCAGCUCCCAGCACGACUAAAGUUGGUUGACGUUUCCUACGGAUGUAAGCUGACGAAAUUAACCCGGAGAAACUGGGAUCUUUCUGUGCCCGCAGCACUCUGUGGGCUUCCCUGGGAGUAAAUCCGUGGGAUCUGGUUAUAAAUUGGAUCCAGACAUAGUCUGCUAGCCUAAACCCACUUUACCUGGGAAUGAGCUCCCUAUGCAUUUAAUAAAGCUUCCUUUUGAGUAGACAUGGUUAAAAAUUGUGGUGUUUGUGUAGAUGUGUUGACAUUGGUGGGGCAACUUAGCAAUUAAAAAAGACAAACAACGAAGAAGAAAUAACUAUUCUUACACACACACAAUUUACAAGUUUUAAACCAUAUAUCUUUAAAAUUGGCACAGGUUAAUGUUCAGUAAACUAAAUACAACAAAAUAAGGAAUCCAGUUGGGCGUGUACAAACCAGUUUCAGGCAUAAUUGUAUAAUUGUUGGGUUUUAUUUUGCUGAAUUUCAUAAUGUGUACAUAAUAAAAGCAAUUGCUGUUUUCACCGCACAGGGAAGAAAGGGAGUGAGCAGUGCUGAGUUGUGUUCUCAGCGGAUACUAACUUUUAAGUUCAAGUGAUGUCAUGGGGUCUGCUCUAAGCACGACUAACACCUGCAUCCAGCUUUGUGAAUGAACAUGCAUAGAAUUGUGCUGUCUGUCUUGCACCCAUCGCAAAGAGUCACUUUUUCUUUUUAGAAAAUCUUUACCUACAGUCAUCAAAGGCUGUACUUUCCCCAUUGGACCCUAGAGUCCAUGAACGCACAUUUGAGUGCAUGCCUGCACAUGUGAUUCCAGCAUUGGGGACUAGAUGACUCUGUGGGUAUGUUCCAACUCUACAAUUCUGUGUCUCUGUGUGCUCUUUGAAGUAAGCCCUGUUGAGUUCAAUGGGGCUUACUCCUAGGAAAGUGGGCAUAGGAUUGUAGAUGGGCAGAGAAUUCUUGGAAGGGGGCCUGGGAAGCUUCAUUAACUGCAAGCCCCGAAACAACAAAACCCUACAACACAGCUAUAAAACUUUGGCACCAGUUUGGAGUGAAUUGGACAAGGCUGGAUUUCUGGGUGUUAACUUUGAACCGCAGCUUGAUGUAUCAAUUACUCAGUUGGGGGCGUGGUACGCUACAAAACGCAGGGUUUGCGCUACAAAGCAGCUGCAAAACUUUGGCACCCGUAUGGAGGGGACCCAAAAUUCAAGGUUCGUAAUUAAUGAAGCCAGCUUAGGAAGCAUCCACAGCCUGCUGGCCAAGUUGGAAGAUGUAGGAACAUUUUUUUGGUAAUCUUUCAAGGUGGUGUAAUUGAGCCCUUCUCUGGGGAACUGAUUUGCUUAGGAUCCUGCAGAUCUGUGGCUGACCCAGCUCUGCUGCACACCCCAUAAUGCCCAUUUUUGGGACUCUCCGCACCAGCUUCUUGACUGCCUUUGCUUUUGACAUUAAUCAGGGUGUUAUGGUUGCACUCUGAGUCUUUAGGGUGUCCCCAAAAUCCUUGUUGUGCCCAGAUGCUGCUGUCAUGAAUGCUCAUUGUGCUGAUGGCACACAGGUUUCUGCUUUGAUUGUACAGUUCCAAACGGUUGUUCUUUCCAAGUAGAACUCAAUCACCCAAGCACUUUGCACAUAAAAAUGAGCUAACCAAAUUGUGAGCUGUUGAUAAUGACAAUCAGGAGCCUUGUGGUCUGCUAGAAGAAGAGAACAGAUUUAUUGUGGCAACUUUUUGCAUGUGUGUGGACUGGCUCCCAGGGAGUGCUGCUCUCCAAAUUCACACACCCACAGCAGACCUGCCAACCUGCUUUGCUGAACCUUAAACAAAUUGUUGCAAAAGCUUAGCCUGCGAUUUUAGAAGACUUCUUUUGUGGGGGGAAAGAGAAAACAAGUUCCUGAACGCUUGCAUCUGUGGCGAUUUGCUUGAGGUUUGCCACCCUGGGUUUCUUUGGGAGGAAUUCACAGAAUGCUGUGUGAGAUAGUAAGUCUGCAGGCUUGAGUUUGCUAGCUGAUGCAACUGGCUGAUGCGAUCAGCCUACAAUACUUCCUAUGGAAGUGCUGAGUCAGAAAGACUCAGCAGUUAUGUGCUGUCAGUUGAUUGGCUGUCAUCAGUUUAAAAGGGAAACCUGUCCAGCAGUAACAGUGUGUGUAGAAGAGUGUGGUCAGAGACAGAGAGAUAGAAAGGUCUUCCUAUUUGCCUUAAGGUGCAGCCAGGUACUCUGUUUGACCGUAUGAACUGCUCGUGUAUUAUAGCCUGUAGAUUAUUGUAUAUAUUUGUAUAUAUAUAGCUCACAAUAAAUAUACUGCACUGCACUGAAGAACCUGGAACUCUGAGCGUUUCUGCUAAAGCGCCGCAGAGAAUUCGCGACAAGGCAGGGUAAAAAUUCAAUAAAGAAACGAACAUAGAAAUAAUCUGCAAGGUCUUUCGCUGACACCUGCCUUGGGCUGCCUAUAAAACAGGGGUAGGAAAUCUCUGGUCCUCCCUGUGCCAGGCAUUGGCUUGGCAGUGUGUGUCAAUGAAGGCAUUGGCAGGGGAAAACUGCUACCUCCUGGAGCUGCUGGCACCAUGAAAAUAAGCUUCCUAGGACUCCUCCCGGAGGGGCGGCACUAAAAGCAGAUGGCCACACUGGCCAGCACUUAUGAAAGAGCCCUCGAACCUUGUGCCAACCCUGGUGGCUUAAGUUAUUCAUUAUGCUUUCUUAAAAGUUUUAGAUUAACUUGCUAGCUUAGUUGCUGAGGGAAAAGACCACACUUGAAUGAUCAUCGCGCCACCUCUGUCUUCUGCUUGUAAGCUUUUUAGGGAUCAUGCCUGCCUACAGCGAGAAAGAUGACGCUUUGACAACCAAGCUGGUGACCUUUUAUGAGCACGUGACGGAUCCUGCAGUUCCUUCCCAUCAAGCAACAGUGCUCCUCUUUGAGCCAAGCAACGGCACUCUCAAAGCUGUAAGUCUCCCAAGGCAACAGUGAGCACAAUUUGAACCACUUUAGCCCCACCAGCCUCAGGCUACCCUCAGCCAGCUGACCGCCUGCCUGCCUUUUUCCUCGCACUCAUUCCAGGAGGCAGCCUCAGCUGUCAGCUUUCUCCUCCUCCUCCCUAAUCUCAGAGUUGUGCUUGCAGAACCCAUCAGGUAGGAGAUAGGGACAAAACUAGGGGAUAGACAGGCUCUGCCUGUCUUUAUCUCUGGCGCCACCUACUGUUGGACUCCUUGCCUCCCUCCCAAUCAGUCCCAAAGGGCCCUAGUCACCACUGCCUGUCACAUGUAGGACGGGGAUGAGCAUGGUCCCCACCUCUAUCAAUGUGUAAGGGGCAUUCCCUUGGAGGAGGGAUAGUUUGUCAAUCCAAUCUGGGAAUUGUAGCUCUCUGCAGGGAACAGGGAUCUCCUAAUGCCUCUCAGCUUAACAAGCCACACUUCCCAGGAUCCUUUGGGAGGAAGCCAUGACUGUUUAAAGUGGCAUGAUACAACUUUAAGGUGUUGCAUGGAUGGGCCUUGUCCGCCCGAGGAAAAGCAUUUUGUAUUUAACUUCCAUUUUGCCAUUUUUCUUUUCGUUCUGUUUGAUGUUCUCCUUUGGAAAGGUCAUGGAUGGUAGCAUCAUAACAGCCAAACGGACAGCGGCUGUUUCUGCGAUAGCCACCAAGGUGGGUGCUUUUUAUUAAGUGGGACGAAGAAAGGGACUGUGGUUUGGGGAAUACGGCAGCACUGUCUUUAGCAAAAAUCCACACAGAGCCCCCAAAUUUAGUUUAGCCCCCAAAUUAACUUUUAUUAUGCUUAUGUCAGACACCACGCUUACUCCUUAUUUAUUGUUUAUGAAAGAAGGGAGGAGAAAGAAACAAACUUUUUUAUUUGCUCAUUUAUUUACAAUACACUUAUACAGUACAUUUAUAUACAAUACACCACACUAAACAAGUAUUGUUUAGGCACCUAACAUAAUAUUUUUAUGUAAGAGUUGAUUUCAAGAGUUAAUGUCAAGAGCCAUUGUUGAGUCUGACAAGCGCUGCCGUUGUGAAUGACAAGCGCCGCCGCUGCCACGGCACAUCUUUGAUAAAUGAGCGCACAAAGUCGAAAGUCCUUUAGUGAAAUAGGAGGUAUGCAUUUCGGUAAUACCUAGGUAUAUAUGUAUUUUGUUUUUCCAGCUUGAUCAAAAUUAUUUAUUAUUUCAUAACAGGUAGAUAGUUAAGAGCUUAGGUGGGUUCAGCAGUGGACACCUGGCACCUCCGAGAAUUCAGCACCCGGGUGUCUCGCACCCCUUGCACCCCCGGGUAAAGACGGCCCUGGAAAAUGGCAUGGUGGGCCAAAUUGGAAACACCCCCCGCCCAGCAGGCCAGGAUUGACCAGCAGACUGGGUGUUCCCUACCCGAUAGAAGGCCAUGGACUUUAGGGUUGGCAAAAGUUGUUAAUAUGAAAGGUGCCAUAUGAACAAGUUUUUUACCUUCCCCUGUUGGAUAUAUUUUCAGUACUUAAUGCCGGUGGAUUCUGAAGUGCUGUGUAUCCUAGGAGCUGGUGUUCAAGCCUACAGCCACUAUGAGAUUUUCACAGAGAUGUUCUCAUUUAAGGAGGUAGGAAGUUCAAUUAAACCAACUGAUUUUUAUUUAUUUUUUAACAAAUUUACCACUCAACAAUAGCCUCUGCCUUAGGCAUUUCUAGCACAUACAGAGUACUUGUUGGUUUGUCAGGCACCUUUUGGUCCCUCCCCCCUUAUCUCUUAAUCAGGGGUGGGCAUACUUCAAGAUUGUGGGAUCUGCUUUGUUUCUUAAAGGUAAAGGGACCCCUGACCAUUAGGUCCAGUUGUGACCGACUCUGGGGUUGUGGCGCUAAUCUUGAUUUAUUGGCCGAGGGAGCCAGCAUACAGCUUCCGGGUCAUGUGGCCAGUAUGACUAAGCCGCUUCUGGUGAACCAGAGCAGCGCACGGAAACGCCGUUUACCUUCCCGCUGGAGUGGUACCUAUUUAUCUACUUGCACUUUGACGUGCCUUUGAACUGCUAGGUUGGCAGAAGCAGGGACCGAGCAACGGGAGCUCACCCUGUUGCGGGGAUUUGAACCGCCGACCUUCUAACUGGCAAGCUCAAUGCUCUGUGGUUUAGACAGCACCACCUGCAUCCCUUCAAAUAACUAUUUAUUCAAAUAAAUAGUUAUAAACUAAAAAACUCCAUCGUGGGGAUUUGAACCGCCGACCAGUACGUAAAGUUCCCAGGAUUCUUUGGCGGGGGGGAAGCUUGGUGAGAGCACUUGUCCUGGGAGGGCUGAAAGCACCAUAAGACAGUGGCUCUGAAGAAACCCAAGAUAGCAGAGGCUGCAGCAUUGAUAAAAUCAAACCAAUUAUCAAGGGUUCUUAGGUAUACUACAAUAUUGUAUAAGUUUCUCUUUCAACAGUCUAGCUUACAGAGUUAAUUACUAUUUUCUUCUUUCAUUUCUCCUCAUCCUGCGGAGAAAAUCAGAUAGAGAACAAAGUCUGCAUCAGCAUUACAGGGAUCAAAAAAGAAACCGUUGCCAGCAAAUUGACUUCCAUGAUUUCCAUGUUUUUCAAAGCUGCUGAAGAUGUAGCCUGGGGAUUUGUUUUCCAUUCUAGAAAUGAACUCUCUGUUGUUUUUGAUGGGAACAGGGAUCCUGUGCCAGAUUAGUGCCUGGUGGGGGUGGCAAGGCCUGGCCUGGUGCUACAAGGGAGGAGAGACUAAGGAAAGGUUGGGAUUACUUUGUAGAUAUUCUGGCCUGGCUUCCUUAGAGUGCGUGCACAGACUGUUGACUCCUGCUUAUCUCCUUGACUGGCCAGGCCCACUUGAGAUUACAGCAAUUACAAGAAUACCAUCCAACUGCAGAGGCAAUAAUAAAAUUCAGCUGUGGAGGCAAGAGACCACCCACCUUUCUUUUCACCUCUUGGAGCAAAAAAAUAGACCUCUAAGAAGCCUAGGAUUGGCUGAUUUGAAGUCUGAGUGGACAUAUGCGAGCCAUCUUCAAACAUCUCAAGGGCUGGCACAUGGAAGAUGGAGUAAGCUUGUUUUCUGCUGCUCUAGAGGUUAGGAUCUGAACCAAUGGAUUCAAAUGACAAGAAAGGAGAGUCUAACUAAAUAUUAGGAAAAACUCACUGAUAGUAAGAGCUGUUUGAUAGUGGAAAGGACUACAGUCGUACCUUGGAAGCUGAACGGAAUCCGUUCCGGAAGUCCAUUCAACUUCCAAAAUGUUUGGAAACCAAGGUGCAGCUUCUGAUUGGCUGCAGGAAGUUCCUGCAGCCAAUCAGAAGCUGUGGAAGCCACAGCGGAUGUUCGGGUUCCGAAAGAACGUUUGCAAACCAGAACACUCACUUCCAGGUUUGUGACAUUCGGGAGCCAAAACGUUUGACUCCCAAGGCAUUCGUCAACCGAGGUAAGACUGUACCUGGGCAGGUGGUGGACUCUCCUUCCUUGGAGGUUUUCAAACAGGGGUUGGAUGGCCAUCUGCAUGAUUCCUCCACUGCAAGGGAUUGGACUAGAUGACCCUUGGGGUACCUUCCAGUUUCCUUCCAGAUCUAUGAUUCUAUGAUCCUAGGGAUAUAAAAUACCCUGUUAUAACACCUGAAGCCACUGUCCAUCUUCUGAUUACAUGUUGCUGCUUCUUUUGCCUGGUCCUGGACCUCACUGCCAUUGCAUGGGGCCAAGCAUGGCUGAGGAAUGCAUUAGGGACUGGCAAAUUAAUUUUAUGCAUUUUCUUGUGUUUGCACUCUCCUGGAAAAGUGUCCACAGGUCCCCUGUCCACAUUGUAGGACUUCCUUGAGGCCAAGAUUUUAUGUAGUUCCCGAGAGGGUGAAAGACCAGCCGCUCCAUUUCCCUUGUAGGUGAAGAUCUGGAAUCGGACCAAGGAGAAGGCAGAGAAGUUUGCGCGCUCGGUUCAUGGGCCAGUCCAAGUCUGCUCUUCUGCUCAGGAGGCUGUCACCGGGGCGGAUGUGAUCGUAACAGUCACGAUGGCAACAAAGCCAAUUUUGCACGGAGAAUGGGUGAAGCCCGGGGCCCAUAUCAACGGUAAUGUAUGCUUUGUGUACGGAUUUCUCCCUCUCUGGAUACUUAAAGGGGUGCUUGACUUUGUUGGAACCAGGGAGCGUGAUGUGGUCCAAAUACUAGGGGGGAUGGAACCUGUUUUCUGGUGUUCCCAAACAGCUCCUUAAAGUGAUAAGGGAGGGUUUUUGGGCUAAACGUUAGGAAGAUCUUCCAAAUAAUUUGGGCUGUUCAACACAGAAGCAGGUUCCUUUGGAAGUGAUGGACUCUCCUUUACUGAAGGAUUUAAAGCAAGGGGUCAGGAUCCUUGAUUCCCCCUACCUGACCAACAUCUCAGCUGGGCAAAGCCACUCACCUGUCCAUCUCCUGAUGUCACCAUGAUGGAGGAGGGGGAAAUUGAUGGCUGUUGGCCAUGAUGGCUGUACUCUGCCUCCAUGGUCAGAAGUAGGAAUGCUUUUGCAUACCAUUUGCUGGCAACCACAGGAAGGGGAGAGAGCUGUGGCUUCAGGUCCUGCUUGGGGACUUUCCCUCAGGCAUCUGAUUGGUCACCGUGAGACCAGGAGGCUGGACUAGAUGGGCCAUCAACCUGAUCCACCAGACUCUUAGGUACAUAUGCUCUUAUCAGCUGGUCGGCGGUGACAACAAGCCUUUCUUCCCAAGAAACAGUUGGAAGCAGUAGCAUAAGUGGAGUAGUGAGACUGUUGUCCUAACCUUGAGCAGAAGGAUCUAGGUGUGGUGCAAGAUUGGCCGUCAACAUUCAACAAAAGUGUUAGCACUGCUCCCAGAAAUAGGCUUAGUUGGAAAAGGAAAAAAGAAAAGCACCUUGCUUUAAUUAGCUUUAGCUAAAGCAUCUUGCAAAGGAUUAGCUAAUCCAGAUUAACUGGUUUUAAAGAGGGGGUGCUAAUCUGUUUACAAUAUUGAUGCAAGGCACACUAACAUUGUACUGCAGUCCGUUAAAAUCGGUAGGAUUCGCUUCUACACAAUGUAGAAAACAUAAAAACAUGCCUGAGGCUCACCUGUAUUCCACAUUCACUAAUUACUCAGUACAGAAUUUCAUGAUAGACACAUCAAUUUGAAUAUAAUAUUGGGGGGCCCUAGGUAGGAACCACCCCACCCUGCCCUGUCAAUCACAAGACACAGCAUGCACAUCCCAUUUGAACAGCAAUGCCUAUUAACUUUUGAGGGGCAGCCCCUUCAAAUAUAUAUUUUUUUUGGGGGGGGGAGGAACCUCGGCCUCUAAGAGUUGGCUCCUCCUUCCAUUGUGAGUUCUCUGAGUGGGGACCGAUCACAUCUCUUUUCAGAGUUUGGCUCUGUUCACUGAUGAAUACCUUCACAGCAGAUGAAGAACCUGCCGGUUCUUUCUUGGAAAAUUUCUUUGAACUCUGGUUUAUUCUCAUUUUACUUCCUGAAGUGGCCUCCCAGGGUUAAAAGGUCCCUGCAGAUGUCUCCCUUCUUUACAUUAGACCCAUUGAGAUUAAUGUACCUCAGUUAAUUGUGUGCAUUAAUUUCUUCUCUGAGUAGAAUCUAGUUGCAUCAUAUCGCCCACUCCACUUCUGCCCUGCGUUGUCUGCAAAGGACAUAGAAAGGGAUUCAUGGAAGCGAAUGGGAGGUGCAAUUCGAGAUGUCAUCCCUGUCUGACCGAUUUCCACCCACCCCUUCAUAAUCAAUGCUUUGUGUGAUGGAUUCUUCAUAUUGUGUAGAGGCACACCACGAAGGGUCAGGGGACAAUUGGUGUCCUCAUUCACCACCGCAACACAUAAACAAAGCGCUGCUUCUCCUUGCGUCACCACACUUCUCAGGGAACUUAUUCCUAAUGGUUGAGCAGGUUUUCAGAAAAAUAUGUGAGUCUUUCUCUGUUUGUAUAGCCACUUUCUGUCACAUUUUUUAUAUCCUCUUAAAAGAAGGCUGAUGGUGGCUCAUUCUCCUUAAUGAUAGGUUUUGGAUGAAAACAAAAAACAACAGCCCUACAGCAAAAUCUCUCCUAAAAUUUCAAGUGAUGCAAUCAAAUAUUGUCACAUGUGUCAGGGCUUUCAACUAGAUGAUGGGUUGAAAGUGCACCACAUUGGUACAUUAAAACAAAACAAAAAGCUUUGCCAAAUAGCUAAGCCUGCCCUGAUCCAGUAGUGUAAGAUUCUAUCUACCUCUUGUGAGGAUUCUGACUAACAUCAUGCCAGUUGUCUGAAGGAAGAACUGUAUGGCAGGAUCUUAUCUGAGGGGAAAGAGUGCUUCUGGGGAAGGACUGCUCCUUAUUUAUUUUAUUUUUUAUUUUUGCUGUGAGCUGAUGGGAGCUCUUUUUAUUGGAAUUAAUUUUGGUCAAUUUCAUUUACGACUCAUUUGCAACAAGACACCCUGAAGCAGUUCACAAACAUAUGUAAAACAGUCAUAUGUUCUUUAUGGAGGGCAAGACAGCCAGAACCACCAGUGGCAUCAGCUGUAAGUUGAAGAACUGUUAAGCAGAAGAAUGUGCGAAUUUGCUCCCCCCCCCCCCGUUUCCCCAUUUCCCUUUAGAGCUAUGUCUUCGUAAGGCACCCUGGAAGCCUCACUAGCUGAAUGGGUGGGAUCUAAAUGCUAGGGGUAUUCUUACUGCAAAGGUGUCCCCCUCCACACGGCAUAUGGCUCAAAAUCUGUGGGUCAGGGAUUGCACAUGAGGAGUCUGGCUUCCUCAUUGUGAGGAGAAGACUUGGGGCUGGGAGAUCUUGUGCUACCAAUUAGCCCCUGCCUCCAUUUUGGUAUGCUUGCCACUUCCGCUCUUGGGUGAACUUGAAGUGGUUGAAGCUGGGGAGCAUAAAACCAUAGAAUUAUAGAGUUGGAAGAGACCAGGUGAACAUGAAAUUUAUUACCCUCAGAGACCAGCUUGAGAAACACAAAUGGAACUACAAUCCCAAUAGCAAAACAAACAUUGAAAACAAUACACAACAAUAGAUUUUAAGUUUAAAAGUGCGAUAGGCAUAUAAACACAUAAAAACUUUAAAAUAGACAGCCUUAGAGAAAUGACCCAAAAACAUCUGUGGGUCCGGGUUUUGGAAUUUUCUUAACAAACUAGAUUGAAUCAGGGGAUGGUCUGUGCCUACAGAUCUGUGCGCGGAAUCUGGCGAAAAUCUGGGUCGUCUUGUGGUAUUUGCCUAACAGGAGAAGAUCAAAUUUUUGCUUUACCAGGAGGUCAGUAAGCCUCACGAGCAGGGGGUCAAUGGUUCCUCUACGUGCCUCGUCGUAAAAGGGACAUCUAAAAAAUAUGUGUUCAGGGCUUCCUCUAUCCCCCAAAGGACAGGUGCAAAUUCUCUGGUCUUAUGGGACUUUUUUAAAGGAUCCUUCCAAGGGCAGAGCCGAGCUUCUGGCAAGUGUAAAAGCCCUUCUUGCAUUUUUGGAUACAAGAAAAAAGAGAUAUGCUGCUGGUGCAGCUAUAUAUAUCUCGAUUUCUACAAUUUUGUAGUCGGGCACCUUAAGCAGCCCUGUUGUCUCUAGGUUGGAAGAGACCAUAAGGCUCAUCGAGUCCAACCCUCUGCAAUGCAGGAAACAUUUGACCAUGACUCUGAGAUUAAGAGUCUCAGGCUUUACCAACUGAGCUAUCCCAGCUUAGGAUGGAUGAAGCCAGUCUGAGCGAACUGGUUCCAUCUUCGCGGGCAGGAUUUUAUGUGGGAAGUGGUCUCGGUGGUGGGGACAGUCUGGGUUCAUAGGUUUCACUGAGAAUUGUAGGUGAACCUGUGACAAAAUUAAGGGUUUCUGGCAUAUGUAUAUGAAGAGUUAAAUAAAAUAUUUAAACAAACCUUUGUAAAAAAAAAAAAAAGGGAAGAAGCUUUUUUAUUGGGUAUACUAGAUUCAGAUAUCGUUAGGAAAAGCAAGAAAAUAAUUUCUUUAUGCAACAGUGGCAGCGAGAACCCUAAUUGUAAAAAAUUGGAAAAAUGAGACAGCACCAACAAAAAAAGAAUGGCAAGAAAAAUUAUUUGACUACAUUGAGUUGGUUAGAAUGACAGAUGCAAUUAGGGGUCAGUCUAAACAAAAAUUUCAAAAAGAAUGGGGAAAAUACAGAGAUUAUCUUAAAAAGCAGUGCCUUCAAAUUAAUACCUGGACUUGUUUUGAUUAAGUUUUACAAAACAAAUUAUGGUAUAAAAGCUUAAAAUAGAAAGAAAAAGGGGGGGGGGACGAAGUGCGAAGGAAACAGUUUACUAAAUAUAAAAGCAGACCCGCGUUGAGGACGAAGGAAGUUAACUAGAAGAAAAGAAGAACUGAAAUAUGGUUACAUAUUCAUUAUUUUUUUUGUAUUGGUUUUGUAUUUUUAAGUUUUCUUUUUUUAGUGUUAUGUGUGUUUGUGUUGCAAAAUAAAAUAAAUGUGAAAUGAAAAAAAAAAAGAGAAUCGUAGGUCUGUGAGGAGAAUAGGGAUCUCCUAAUGGCCCUUAAUAAACUACAACACCCAGGGUUCUUUGGGGGAAGCCAUCUCUGUUUAAAGUGGUAUGAUACUGCUUUCAGUAUAUGGCAUAGAUGUGGCUACUGUAAAUGAUACAAGAGCAUGAAUGAAGCCCAUAGUUCAGCCUGGAGUCAUUCAGCACCCUUUGCGUGUUAAGCAUUAAUAUCGCUCCUACUCUGCAAGAGUCAUUCAAAGGCACUUGUCAAUUGUGAACAAAUUGUACCCAUAAGGUUGGGGUGAUCGUCUUAACCCUUUUCAUCUUGGGAGAUAAAUCUCCAAUUCGUUUGAUUCUGACUUUCAGCCGUUGGAGCAAGCAGGCCUGACUGGCGGGAGCUGGACGACGAUGCGAUGAGGAACUCUGUGUUGUACGUCGAUUCGAGAGAGGCUGCUAUCCGUGAAUCGGGAGAUGUCAUUUUAUCGGGGGUAAGCAAGCAGGGGCGGGGGGUGGAGAGUUGUGUGUCUCCUUCUUUUACCAAUGCACUUUGAGUGAAGUUCCUGACACCUUUGCCCAAGGUAGCCACAAGUACUUUUGGAGAUUUCUGUGGGGAUGACCCCAAGUUUGAGGGGAAAUUUUGGCAAGGGCCCCUCUGAAGGACUCCUAUAUUUUGUGGGGCGCUGGCCACAGGUUUAUCUCACUGUUCCAUCAAAUUAAAUUUCCCACAAUCCCCCUUGUAGCAUUGUUACUUCCAUUGGAGCUGUCAUUUUAAUUUCCCACAACCCCCAGGAGUGACUCUACACCAGGGGGAUUGUGGGGAAGUUAAAAUGGUGGUUUACACAGACUGAGCCAUUCAGGGCAGAUGUCUGGACCCUCAGUCUCUGCUAGCUGCCUGAGGGUGCCAAGUGCUGGUGCCAGGCCUGGUUUUCGGUGGGGACUGAUAUCUUAAGAACCCUUAGGAACUUGUAACUGUGUUUAAAGGCAGGGCCAGAGCUCAGCGUGGGGAGAACCCAAAACUCUUCCCCCACCCCACCCCACAGGAUUUCCUGCAAAAUCUCAGCUCCCCCGAAGUCUUUCGAUACCUUCCACUUGUGGUGCUGUUUUGGCUUUGAAAGCCAUGCUUAGUCUGAACCUCAGAAAAAGGUGGCACCAGAGGUUGACAAAAGCUCUGUGUUUGUUUUGCAGGCAGAGAUUUUUGCAGAGCUGGGUGAGGUGGUGCUGGGAACAAAACCAGCUUUGCGUGAGGAAACCACAGUGUUCAAGUCCCUGGGUAAGAAUGGCCCCUUGCUGUGCAUGAAUAAGAGUGAAAGACAACGCUUUAUUAUUUACCCCCCCCCCCUUGCGUGAGAAUGCUGGCGAUUAUCUUCAAACUGACAACGGAUUCCCCCCAUUUAACAAAGGCAGACAUGCCUCUUUCCCUCCUCGAAGACACAAGACAGAAGCGAUUAGAAUCAACAGGGAAGCGAAGAUGAAUGAAUGUAUUGUUCGUCUUUGUACACUACUUGAGCUCUAUUCCCCCCCCCCCCAGACUUAAGAACUUAAGAGUCCUGCUGUAUCAGGCCAAUAGACCAUCGAGUCCAGCAUCCUGUUCCCACAGAGGCCAAUCAGAUGCCUCUGGGAAGCCCUAGAGCAGGUCUCCCCAUUUGCAGUUCCCAGCAACAGAAGCAUACAGUCUCCAACAGUGAAGGCAGAACAUGACCAUCAUGGCUAGUAGCCGAUAGCCCUGUCUUCUGGGCAAGCUGUCACAUUAAGCAUUUAUCCAUUCCUUUUUUUUAAAAAAAAAUGAUAUUUAUUGAGAAUUUUAAGAUUACAAAGAAAAAAGAAGGAAAAAACAAGAGAAAGAGAAAAAGAAAGAAAAAAAGUAGAUAAAAGUAACAAUUAAACAAUACAAAUCAGUAAUAACCAAAGUCAAAAAGAAAAAACAAAACACACAAUACAUCAAAAUCAAAAAACAAAAAUAAACAAAAAAAUUAAAAACAGAUCCAAUAUUCCCAGAUCCUUAACUGUCAUUACCUUAUUUCAUCGACCUCCUCACACCUCCCUUUUUUGUAUUCUAGUUGUUAAUUAUCUCAGCAAAUCCUUUCCAUCUUUCACAAUAUUCUGUCAUUAAAUUACCUAAUGUAUUUUAACCUUAUCUUACCAUAAAAACCCUAAAACUUAAAACUUAAAUCUUAUUUAUACCAAAUUCUCUUAACCAUAACAUAUUCUUACAUAAUUCUUUUUAACAUUUCUGCUAAAGCCAAAUAAUUUCAUUCCAACAUUUUUCUAAUACUCAUUAAUUUUACGAUACUUUUCUAAAUGAAUUUUUAAAACUUUCUUCCAAUCUUCAUCCAUCGUCUCUUCUUCCUGGUCUCAGGUUUUGUCAGUCCUUUCUAUCCCAUCCAUCUAGUCCAUCAACCUGGUGACCUUAUGUCCGAGGCUCUUAAGUCUCUUCCAUGUCCCUUCCGCAGGUCUUCUUCAUAUUUAUACCUGUACUUUACUUUGUCUUCUGCUCCUUUCACUCGGGGAGACUCCAGCUUGACAAUAUUUUUGUCCCUUCUCGACAAGUCAGCCCCUUUUCCAGAGUCAACACUGAAAUCCAUGUGGUAUUUAAAGGCAUGUUUCAAGGUCCCUCCAAAGUUAAAGGCCCCCACAACUCCGAGCUCCUCCCGGCCCAAAGCCAGACUUGGGUCAAAACAUCCCUGCAUAGGGGGGUCUAUCCAGCCCCCCAUCUCCAAGCCAAACUGAACUCCAUCUCUCCAAAUCUGACUUUGUCCAGGUUCGUUCGUCGAAUCCAACCACUCAUAUUCCUGCUGGGCCACAGCUCCCUCCAUCUCUGCCACCCAAGGUCCAGAAACAACCUCCUCCCUCAUCUGAUCUGUCAAAACACAUUCCUGGAUUAAUUCCUGAGUGGGUUCUAUAUAGGUACCCACUGCCUGUCCAAAAUUUCCGAUCGCAACAGUCAUCAAAUCCAUCUUCUCAUGUAACUGUUCCAAUAAAGCACUUGUCUUGCAAAAGGCAAGCACCAGAGCCUCCGAGUACAUUCUUGUUCAAGGUCGAAGUCUGGUCCCACGAUCUUAAUCUAUUGCAGCUGCAAAGCUCCCCAGUUCGACUUUAAUAACAGUUUCACAAGCUCCCUCUAGGGGAAACAAUUUCUAUUUGUAUCCAUUUAUUUUUUUUUUAAGCAGAUCUAGCAACAAGGUUUUCCUUUUUCAGAUAUUUUGUCAAUAUUUUGUUCCUUUUAAAUGCGAAGGGGAACAAUGGAAUCAAUAUGUUUCUCUUCUUUUAACUAUCUGUCAAAAACGUUUGUCCAUAGUCAAUGAACUUCCCCAGAACGUCUGUCCUGACACCCCGUUCCCAGGUUCAAGACGGUGGAAAAUUGCCUUUCUUUACUCUCUCUUCUGCAGGUUUAAACAGUCUAAAAAAGGUUGCCCCCUCUUAUCCUGCUUCCAAGGGGGGUUCAGUACUUUUAAAUGAUGAAAAUUUGAUCCUUUACAGACGACUUUCUAAACUCUAGCUUGCCGUGUCUUUGCUUCAAUCUAUCUACAAAAGCGGAAGGCGGACUUCCUGUUUAGACCUUCCCGCUUCAGUGCCAAAUUAAAAAAAGUUUCUUAAUCCAAUUUUCGGUUCUACUCACUGGCAGUUGUUUAAAAUCCAAUUGUCCACAGGAAAAAGUCAGUGCUCUCCGGCAACAGCAAUGCGGCUUCACUCCGUGAAAGAAGCAGUCGAUUCAAAGCACCGCGCCACUCACCCCACGUCGCUCCGGAUCCCCGAAACCGGGUUUCCCCGCGAGUAGGGGGGGCGCAAAGGUGCCAGCCGAAUCCCACGUCCACAGGCUUCUCCCGCCUGUGGUUUUUAAUGGGUCUCCGCCUCGCCGUGGCAGUUCAGACCCUGUUUUCCACGGAGCGGAUUCCUCCCGAUCGGAGGAAAUCCGCCAUUGCCAGAGGCGCCAACCCGGAAGUCCCUCAAGCAUUUAUCCAUUCCUUUGCCUCAUUUAACAAAUAAAUAAAAGUGCAAAACCUUUCCAGCAACUGGGUGGGAGGUUUCUUGUGACAUCAAGCUGAGCAUCAGCCAACUUGAAUAAUAACAAUUGGAAGGGACCAUGAGGAUCAUCUAGUCCAGGGUUUCCCAAAGUUGGGUGUUCAGCUGUUUUGGGACUACAACUCCCAUCAUCCAUAGCUAGCAGGACCAGUGGUCAGGGAUGAUGGGAGUUGUAGUCCACAAACAGCUGGAGACCCAAGUUAGGGAAACCCUGAUCUAUUCCAACCCCCUGCAAUGCAGGAAUGUUUUGUCCAAUGUCGGGCUCGAACCCACUACCCUGAGAUUAAGAGACUCGUGCUCUACCUACUGAGCUGUCCACUUUCUGUUGUCUUUUGGAACUCUGCAGGGCCAGCUUUAGAGCUGUGACCCAAAGAGGAAGUAGUUACCUUUGAAGUGAGUUCUUUAAAUGAAUGAAAGUACUUCUGGAACAGCCUCGGUGCUAAAUAAUAGUUGUGUGUGUGCCUUUCCUCCCUGAGAACAGCUGGCAGUCUAGAUGGACUUUGUGCCUGUAGGGUGUGGAGCUGGCAACCCUUUGAUCAGUGAGCAGGGCCAGGCUGCCUUUAUUCUUGCUCCAUGGAGGGCAACUUCCUGAAAAUGGGACAUGGGUUGGUUGCAAUUGUUGGUCAGCAGGCCAAUUAAUUAGGUGAGGGUCUUGUCAUCUUUUUUGCCACUCUGGAGUAAUUGAGGCUGCUUACACACUGUACACUUAAAGCAGCGUUUCCCAAACUUGGUUCUCCAGCUGUUGUUGGACUACAACUCCCAUCAUCCCUAGUGUUAUGUACUGAGUUGAAUAGGAUCCAAAAGGCAGCAGUCUGAUUGGUCCUAGAACAAUAGGAUUCAGAAUGCAGCAGUCUGAUGAUAAUAAUAAUAAUAAUAAUAAUAAUAAUAAUAAUAAUUUUUAUUUAUAUCCCGCCCUCCCCAGCCGAAGCCGGGCUCAGGGCGGCUAACAACACCAAAAUAGUGCAACAUUAUAAAAACAUUAUAAAAAUUAAUUAAAAUCAAAAUUGAUGGCAACCAUAAACUAAAGUUUUGUAAAGAUUGCCAAAGGAGGGAGUCAGCUGCGUCCUGGUGGAACAGCUCUGUCUUGCAGGCCCUGCGGAAAGAUGUCAAGUCCUGCAGGGCCCUUGUCUCUUGUGACAGAGCGUUCCACCAGGUUGGAGCCGCAGCCGAAAAAGCCCUGGCUCUAGUUGAGGCCAGCCUAACCUCUCUGUGGCCUGGGACCUUCAAGAUGUUUUUAUUUGAAGACCGUAAGUUCCUCCGUGGGGCAUACCAGGAGAGGCGGUCCCGUAGGUACGAGGGUCCUAGGCCGUAUAGGGCUUUGAAGGUUAAAACCAGCACCUUAAACCUGAUCCUGUACUCCACCGGGAGCCAGUGCAGCUGGUAUAGCACCGGAUGAAUGUGAUCUCGCAGCGAAGACCCCGUAAGGAGUCUCGCUGCGGCAUUCUGCACCCGCUGGAGUUUCUGGGUCAGUCUCAAGGGCAGCCCCACGUAGAGCAAGAUACAAUAAUCCAGUCUGGAGGUGACUGUCGCGUGGAUCACAGUGGCUAGUCAGGGCGAGAGAGGUAAGGAGCCAACUGCUUAGCUUGGCGGAGAUGAAAAAAUGCCGCCUUUGUUAUAGCUGCAAUCUGCGCCUCCAUGGAGAGGGAGGUAUCGAAGAUUACACCCAAACUCUUAACGGACGGUGCUGGCACUAAUUGCACCCCGCAAGCGAUGGGAGUUGCUCCCUCAAUCCCAUAUCGUCCCGUCCCAGCCAGAGGACCUCUGUCUUCGAAGGAUUUAACUUCAACCGGCUCCCACGUAACCAUCCAGCCACAGCUUCCAAGCAUCUGAUCAGUGUGUCUGGGGCCGAGUCAGGAUGGCCAUCCAUCAACAGAUAGAGUUGGGUGUCAUCAGCAUACUGAUGGCAGCCCAGCCCAAAACUCCGGACAAGCUGGGCGAGGGCGCACAAAGAUUUUAAAAAGCAUCGGGGAGAGUAUCGCACCCUGGGGCACUCCACACAACAAGGAGUGGCGGGAUGACAAUUCCCCCCCCCAAGCGCCACCCUCUGUCCCCGACCAGAGAGAAACGAGCCUAGCCAUUGAAGGACUGUGCCCUGGAUCCCCACAUCGGCAAGGCGGUGGUCCAGGAGUUCGUGAUCGACCAUGUCGAAGGCUGCUGACAGGUCUAGAAGAAUCAGCAGCCCCGACCCGCUUCGAUCCAGCUGCCUGCGGAGAUCAUCUGUUAGGGCGACCAGAGCCGUCUCGGUCCCAUGACCAGCGCGGAAGCCGGACUGGAAUGGAUCCAGAGCCGAUGUUUCAUCCAGAAACCUACCAAGCUGUUCAGCAACUGCUCUCUCAAUCACCUUACCCAGGAAUGGAAGAUUCGAAACCGGGCGGUAAUUAGAAUUAAAAGCGGGCGCACCACUGCCUCCUUCAGUUCCCCUGGGAAUGUCCCGAUUGGUCCUAGAACAAUAGGGUCCAGAAUGCAGCAGUCUGAUUGGUCCUAGAACAAUGCAGCAGUAUGACUGGUCCGCAGGAGCCACCCAAUCCAGCUCCAGGUGGAAGUGAAUCCGCAACCUGAUUGGCCUACAGGAGAAUCCCAGAAUUAGCCAAUCACAUGCGGCCCAUUGUGUAAAUAAUGUAUAUAAAGCAGAUAUUUUGGGGAAAUUUUCAUUCCUCACUACAAUGAGCUGAAUAAAGAGCAUGAAAUCCACACUCAACUCUGAGUAUAUUUCACCUAGCUAACAGGACCAGUGGUCAGUCGCCUCCCUCCCCAAAAACAGCUGUAGACCCAAGUUUGGGAAACCCUGAUUUAAAGCACACGGCUUCCUCCAAAGAACCCUGGGAGCUACAGUUCCUAGCCCUCUUAACAAACUACCGUUCCCAGGAUUCUUUGGGAGAAGUUAUGUGCUUCAAAUGGUGGAAGUUGGAGUCCAACAUCUCAAGGGUGGCAUACUGGGGAAGGCUGGUGUAGAUAGUAUUAGAGCCUUGGGUCUUCCAGCCGUUGCUAAACUACAACUCGCAUCAGCCCCAGCAAGCAUGGUCAAUGGUCAGGAUGGUGGGAGUUCAACAUCUGGAGGAUUAAUGGUUCCCCACACCUGUAUCAGAUGGACCAAUUUACGUGCAAAUUUGCUUAAUAUGCAGACUCUUUGGGGUAUUUUAGAAUGCAGUAGAAGUGACAGAUUUUAAAAUUCUUGUAUAUAUCUGAUCAUUCUUUUCCUCCAGAAAAUACUGUGGGUUUCCCCUCAUCCUUGUUAACUGUGAUGUCAAUUGUUGUUUAUUUUAGGAAUGGCGAUUGAAGACACAGUCCCGGCAAAAAUGAUAUUUGAUUCCUGGUCGGCUGGCAGCUAAAAUGAAGAUCUUCCAAUAAUCUAAGCACCAAAAUAAUAUUGAGAAUGAAGUAGCAUUUAGGGUUGUAUUCCCAGUUUUAGCAGGAGCUGUUUUUUAAAAAAUAAAAAUGAUAACAUUACAAUCUUAUGCCCACUUACAAUGGGAGAAAAUCUCAUUGAAUUUGGGGGUGCUUUCUUUUGAGUCAAUAUGCAUAGGAUUGCAGUAUAACUUUUUAUUUUUUUAUAGUGUUUCUGUUGAGGACAAAGUAGUUAAAAUAGAAGAAUAGAAUAAACCAAACUUUUGUGACAUGCA